GGAGAGUGACCCGGAAGCAGAAGUGUCCCUAGCCGUGGCGUGCUGGGAAGCGGCAGCGGUGACCACAGCGGGAGAAGCAGCACUAUAGCCGCCUGCAGCCCCAACCUGGGAGGAAGAUGCUAAUUAAAGUGAAGACGCUGACUGGAAAGGAGAUUGAGAUCGACAUUGAGCCCACAGACAAGGUGGAGCGAAUCAAGGAGCGUGUGGAAGAGAAAGAGGGCAUCCCCCCACAGCAGCAGAGGCUCAUCUACAGUGGCAAACAAAUGAAUGAUGAGAAGACAGCAGCUGAUUACAAGAUCCUAGGUGGUUCAGUCCUCCACCUGGUGUUGGCUCUUAGAGGAGGAGGUGGUCUUGGGCAAUGAUGAACCUUGGUUCCAUUUUACCUCCUUGCCCUGUCGCUCAUAAUGAAGCAUCACAUAUCCUCUCACGCUCUGGGACACCAGAACUUCUGCCCCCUCCCUUGGAUGCCCAGUCUUGUGUGUCUACUGGUGGGAGAAUGUGAGGACCCCAGGGUGCAGUGCUCCUGGCCCAAAUGACCAUUACUGGCUGUUGGGUUGUAGUUUGCAGUCCUGUGUGCUUCCCUCUCUUCCGGCUAUUCCUUGGUUGUCAAUAAAAUAUUUCCUGGC